GCAGCAAUUGCUAACAUCUUCAAACUCAUCCUUGCAAUCAUUCGAGUCCUGAACAAGGAUCUAGAAGAAGUACCCCCAGAACGAAUGCAACUGGCAGAAAUACCUCCAGAACAACCACCAACUGGACCAAAGACCCUUGAACAACUCUGA